AUGGCCAUGGACCUGACUCUACCGUCCUACAUCCCCCAGACCGAGUGCUGCUUCAGCGAGUUGGACCCCACUCUCCCGCUGUGGGUGCUGCCCAUCAGCCUGACUCAGAGCCUCGGAGGGGAGGGGGUGCAAGGGUCCAAGGAGGAUCCGACGUCGGCAGGUUUGGGUCACAAAAUCCGGUCCCCUCCUGGGCUGAAGCUGACCCACGACUUCAAGAUCAAGUUUACAGGAUAUGACCCAGGCAAGCACGCGGAGUUCGAGCUGGUACCGAGGCUGAUCGGAAGAGCUGGCUGCAACAUGGCUUCCAUCAGAACGAAGACCGGCGCCGGCGUGUGCGUUUCUGGGAGGGGCAGUGGCAAAUUGGAGGCUGCAGCACCGAACGGCGAGCUGGUCGAACGGGAUGAGCCGCUGCACAUGGCGGUUUCUUGCCGCUCGAAAGAGAUCCAGCAGGCGGCGAUGGAAGUGGUCUUGUCGCUAUUGGACAACGUCUCGCUCCACUUCCAGCGUUUUUGUCGCAAGAAGCACCUCAAGUGCCCGCCGGAGUUGUACACAGUCGACCCACAGGCUCCGCCUCGUGGACAGGGACGGCAUGCACUUCGCAUUGGUAGCGGUGCGUGCGGCCUCUUGCGGACGUGCGCCCCUCCGCUGAGAAAGGCACAAGACCUAGGCGCCCAAGAGCCUGCAACUUUUGACGCCCUGAAGCCAGCUGAAUUCGAGCAGAUGGGCUGGUCAAAGGCCCGGCGCCUCUUGACCGAGGCCAGGGAGGGGGACCCAAGCACGGAUGCCCGGUCGCCAGAGCCCCGUCCGCCUGAGCCCCAGCGGCGGAGCGACCACGAGGCUAAGGCCGCGGGAUGCGCACCGGAUCCACCAGAAGCUCGCGGACUCAACGUGAGUAAGGUCAUGCCAGGGCCCGCGCCCAAGAAGGCGCCGCUAAACCUCUGGCUCAUGGCGCGGAAUCUUGUUGCCGCCCGCGAGGAAGAGAAGAAAAGGUUGAAGCGGCAAGAGAUGCAGGACCGAGGCUUGGCUGAGAGGCGCGCGAAGGAGGCGGCGAAGGAGGCGGCGAAGGAAGCGCAGCAACGCAAGGAAGGGGGUGACUGGCAGCAGGGAGAAGGCUGGCAGGGAGAUGGAGCUGGGGAGACCUGGCGAGACCGUGACUGGAAGGCGUGGAAGGAGGACUGGGAGGGCUGGAAGGGGUGGACACCGAAGGAUGCGUGGAAAGACUGGAAGGACUGGGCCACGGAAAAGGAGUCGAAGGAGGCGGAGGAGGAGGCCGACUGGAAGGCUUGGCCCCAGAAGGAGGAGCAGAAGCAGAAGGAGGAGAACGCAGAGGAUCAGGAGGAAGGGCCGGGGCCCAACGCGAGUGGCAAGCGGAAGCAGCCGGCAACACCUGUCCCGAAGCUUGCCCCGAAGACGAAAGCAAAGACGAAGAAGCCGUUGCAGCUGCCAAAAGCCCGGCCGAAGGCCUUGCCGAGCAAGGCAGAGCCAAGGUCAGCCGCUGUGAAAGCCGAGGAGCAGGAACCCGACUCUGUUUGGGGUCUCCUCGAGGCUCCUCCAUGUAAGGAGGCCGCCAAGGAGGAGGAGCCGGCAGAUGAGGAGGAGCUCGCACGACAGCAGGGCAUAGAGGAGGCUCGGCAGCAGGGCAUGGAGGACGAGGCCAGAGCGCAAGAGCAAGCGGAGGAGCAAGGACGUCGUGUAGAGCAAUCAACGCAGGUGGGGGAGGCGGUGGUGCCCAAAGAGGAGGAGGUCGCAGAGGGAGGCCCCGCGCCGGCGGAGUCCCCGCAUGCUGCCUCGACCAAGGAAGAGGAGCCUCAGGAAGCGGAGCCGAGCACAGAGCAAGCGGCUGAGAAGUCCAGCGAGGGCGCCAGCUGCAAGGAGUCCGAGAAGAAUCCUGGCCCAGUAGCGGAGCAGUCCCCGGAUGUGCCGAAGUCGAAGGAGGAGGACGCGCAAUCCAACGCCGACGACGACUGGGGCGACUGGACCCAGGAGGGGUUCUCUGGCGUCUCGGUGGCCAAGCCUUCCGUCCCAGAAGGCUUCACUGACGUCGAUUGGCGCUGUCGUCUCUGCAAAGCCAUGCAGAACGCCGACCGCAGCACCUGCCGGGACUGUGGUGCCGUGCGAUUUGCAGGACUCGAUCCGUCCCGCGCCCUGGACCAGCAGCGCAAGCCACUGGGCCGCUCGGAGACCCCGAGCCCGUCCCCAGCAAGGUCGCGCUGGAGUGAUCCUCCCGACCUCUGGCUGGCGAGGAUUCUGAACGUUCCUGAGAACUACGACGAGCCCAUGGUCCGUGAGCUGCUCAAGGAGUAUGGUUUGUCGCCGGACCAGUCGCUGAAGCUCGCCGAGCCAUCCCGCGCAGAUAUCCCGAAGACCUCUUCGGUGAUACUCCGCUUCAACGACGAGCAGGCAUCGCGGACUGCGGCGGACGCCCUGAGAGGCCGCGCGGUGUCCGACGGCUACGAUCAGAUCUUCCAUCUUCAGGUGGAGCUGCGUGCCAGCCACACCCGCCAGGUCGCGCUGCUUCCCACCGCCUAUGUGGCCGACAUCCCCAUCGGGUGGAGGGACCAGGACCUCUACCGCCUGCAUGAGGACCAUGGCUUAGACUCGCGCACCAUCGUCGGGACCAAGUGGCAGGAGUCGAAGGCCAGCAAGACCAGGCUGUGCUUCGUGCGCUACCGGGACGAGAGGGAUGUUGAUGCAGCUGUGCGGCGCCUGAACAUGGUCAGCGUGCCUUCCCCGACCGAUGGGCGGAAGCGGAAGUUGACGUUCAAGAUAGCCAAGCCUGCCUCGUGGCACAGGCAGGUGCAAUACAAGCCCUGUGUGGCCUCUCCGCCGGUGUCGGUCCCCGGCUCGGAACCGUCUUUCGUUCCACCCCCCACGGAGCAGUCUCGAUACCAAGAGAUCAUUACAGCCGAAGGGUACUUGCUGGUGCUUUGCGUCGGCUGUGCUUACAGCAGCCCCAGACAAGCUUUGGCAACUGGCUUGCUGGUUGCGCAAGAAGACGAGGAAGAGCAAGAUGUGAAGCAGCUGAGGCCGCUGGAGGAGGAGAGUCUUGCUUGGCAUUCUAAGGGCAGAGGAGCGGAUCACCCGUGCAUUCCCGUUUGGGGAGGCCAGCUUGUCGACCCCUAUGACAAGAAUGAGAUGAUGAUGGUGGUGGUGAUGAUGAUCAUGAGUUUUGUGAGCUAUCGCUGGGGAAUCCUCCAGACGCUGACGCCGGAAGAAGGGAAAGGUGGCGAGGUGUACCUCAACCUCCGGGAGCUCGUGGUGCGCACGGCCCAGCAGGGAGACAACCUCCUGGUCUGCAUCGUGCCAGCCCAGGUCUUCUAUGCCCCAAACAGGCUCGGCGUGCACCUUUCGAACGAAGUGCCUUCCGAUGACCUCAAGGCCUUAGCCUUCGUUGAACUGUGGGUCCUAGGCCCCUCAGAGGUUGGCUUGGGUGACGGAGCCACCACCAUGGCAGAGAUUCUCGAGCAGUGCCACGAGCAGGCGCAUGAAGCGAGUUUGCUGCGAGGGGUGAGGGUGCUCGAGGCUGAUCUGACGGUGGGCCAAGCCGGCUUGGAGGAUGGCGAUGAGUUGUUUCUUGUUCGGUCUGACCCUUUUGUCGAAAUGCAGAGCUGGAAAGGUGAGGAGACAGGGAUGGAUCUCUAUGUUCGCAUCCCUGGUGAAAGCGUGGAAGUCAAUGCGUUCCAAGGUUGCAGAUCAUUGGUGAAGGUUCGAAUUGGAGACUCGGUGACGAGCAUCGGCCCUGCUGCUUUCGCACAAUGCGCUUCGUUGAAAGAAGUCCAUAUUGCCAGCUCUGUGACCACGAUCGCAAGUUCCGCAUUCAGGGGAUGCACCUCCUUGAGAGAAGUUCGGAUCCCCAGCUCUGUUACCAGCAUCGGAGCUGAUGCGUUUCGCGGCUGCACCUCCCUGGCAGAAGUGCUCAUCCCCAACUCUGUGACAUGCAUCGAGUCUGGUGCUUUCGGAUGCUGCACAUCCUUGACAGAAGUGCAGAUCCCCAACUCUGUGACAACGGUUGGGAGAGCGACUUUCAGCUAUUGCAGCUCCUUGACGGAAGUGCAGCUUCCCCAUUCCAUAACCAGCAUCGAAGACGGGGCUUUCAAGGGCUGCACCUCCUUGACACAGGUGCCAAUCACCAGCUCGGUGGCCUUCAUCGGAGCGGGUGCCUUCGAUGGCUGCACCUCCCUGAAGGAGUUGCAGAUCCCCAGUUCCGUCGCUUUGCUUGGAGUUCAAACUUUCGCAGCCUGCACCUCCCUGAGGGAGGUGGCUAUUCCGAACUCCGUGACCAGCAUUGGAGCUGGUGCUUUCGCAGGCUGCGUGUCCUUGAGUCAUUUGCGGAUCCCAGAUUCUGUAGCCAGCAUUGAGGGCGCUGCCUUUCGCGGUUGCACGUCCCUCAGAGAAGUGCACAUCCCUGACUCUGUGACCAAGAUCGGAGACAUGGCCUUUUGCGACUGCAGCAGCUUGAGAGAAGUUGACAUUCCCAGCUCAGUGGCCAAGAUCGGAUCGAGGGCCUUCCAAUACUGCAGCUCCUUGAGGGAAGUGCGUGUACCUGACUCUGUGACCGUCGGAGACGCUGCCUUCUAUGGCUGCUCCCUGAAAGAAGUGCCCUAA